AUGGUGGCCAAAGUGCUAGGACCAGUCUUUCUUUUUCUCACUACCAGUUUGGUGAAUUCAGCAGCUGUGAUGACCCCACUGUCACCAAAUGGUCUUCAGGUAAAUUACACUGGCGAGGUGAUUUACAAUGAUACCAGUGUGUAUGGAGUGGUGGACAAAUCCGUUAUCCUGGAAUGUGGAAAGAAAUUACCUGAUAUAUACAUAUGGAGCUUCACCAAGCCUGGCGCUGAUGGCAUUAAAGCGGUGGUGUAUGAUCUGGGGAAAGGGCCGAGGAUCCAGAAACUGGCUGAAAUGCUCGGACCACUGACGGUCAUCUCUAACAGAGCAGCUUUAAGUAUUGAGAAACUGCCUCUGGCUGCUCAGGGCUUGUUCACCUGUCAGGCCUUCUUUGACAAUGAAGACGGAGUAAGAGCCUUCUACUACUAUGUGUACCUUAUCGUCCAAGUUCCUGUCAGUAAACCAUCUCUCUGGAUGAGUGAUGCUUCUGCAGAGGAAGGAUCCACAAUAUGGAUGAGGUGCAACGUAGAAAAGGGCACUGGGCCGAUCCACUAUGUGUGGCAGCGCGAAAUCUUCAGUGGGAACUUCUCAACAUUCACUCAGGGCAACAGCAGCGUCGUCAGCAUGACCAGCGUAAACCGGAACCACACGAGCCGGUACCAGUGUGUGGCAGACAAUGCUGUCAACACUGAAAGCUCUGAGAUAUCAUGGCUAAAUAUUACCUUUGGUCCUGACGUUCCUCAAGUAGAUGUGGCUCCAUACAGAAGAACUGAGUAUGGAUACUCAGUUCUGGAGACGGAGAAUGUUUCUCUAUCCUGUGAUGCCCAGUCCAAUCCGGCCAGUCAGUACCUCUGGUUCUACAACAACUCACAAAUCUACAUCGGACCUCAGUUCACCAUCAACAGGAUCCUCCGUAUGUUUGCUGGCAACUACACCUGCCUGGCACAAAACUCCUACCUGAACACCAGGUCAAAGAAAACGAUCAGCCUGAUCAUCUACUACCCCCCUGAUGGGUCCCCCUCCUGCUCUGUGGAGGCAGCUCUGAACCACACCUCUCUCAGACUGGUCUGCUCCUGGCCCGGUGGAUUUCCCUCCCCUUUCCUUUUUUGGACCGGAGACCUGAUACAAGCAGGACAGGGACAGACUGACAUGGCACAGCAAGCAGAUCUACUUAGCACAAACAUCCUCCUGCCCUCUGGAGGCCUGACUCCCAACAGCAGCUUCUUGUUUACAUGUGUGGGCUCUCAUCCUGCGCUGAAACAACAGACAGAGUGCAGCACUCGCUCGUAUGUUCCUCCAGCAGAGCCAGUGUGUUUUGCCUAUGCGACCAACAAUCAGCAGUAUCUGAUGCUGUCCUGCACCUGGGAUGGAGGGGCCCCUAAAGCCUUAGUGUGGUGGGAGGGACCAGGGGGUCAGAAUCAAGGAGGACAGGAAAACUCCAACAUCCUGGUGCUUCGCUAUGGCACCGCUCGCAGUGGGAAUCCUUACACCUGCUAUGCUAAACACCCACUUCUGCUUCAACCAAAGACCUGCAGCCUCACACUGGAAGCUCCUGUGUUGCUGACACAGCGCAGAGUCGUGUCCGUGUUUGAGGGCAGUGAUGUGCAGCUCACCUGCAGCCUGAGAGACAACUAUCUUCCUGUCAAUGAAAUCACCUGGUUUAACAAUCAGGGUGUCAGUGUCCAAGACAGGUCCAAGUACCUGCUGCUGCGGACAUCUGCGUGGGCUAACCUGACCGUGAAGGACACAGACGUGAUGCAGGACAGCGGCGAGUAUAGAUGCUCCACUUCAAAUGCCGUGGGAGGAGCAGACAUCAACGUCACUUUGGUGGUCAAGAAAUACCCCAUGCCCCCUAACGUAACCCUGGUCAGAGUGAUGUACAACAGCCAACAGCGUAACGAGGUGGACCUGGAGUGGACGGUAGAAAGUCAGGGAGAUGGAGGUUGGACAGGUUUCUUUUUGGAACAUCGAUGGAUGUCAGAGAAGCCAAAUAAAAGAACAAGAAGCAAUGACUCCCAAGUGCUGAGAGAGGAGAGGGCUUCCUCCCAGGACUGGUACAUCAACAUCAUCCAGGAUCCAGAUGCCAGGAUUUACACGGUACGAGGACUGACUCCAACCGUCACCUACCAGUUCAGAGUCACGCCUGUGAACUACCGCACCAUCGGAUAUCCUUCUGCAGCAAAGACUCCAGGUACAAUAUGACCACAUUUAGUUUUUCUAAAACAAAAUUAAAAUUGUGCUAAAGUCGUUCCUUUCUGCUUUACCAGACUGUGUUAUAUUUUGACAUGAUGAUUAAAGGCAUGAACGUGUCACCUCUGUUUUAUUGUGCAUUUCUAUUUUUAUGUAAUUUUUUGCAGUGGAACUACACAACAACAUGUACCCUGCUGUUGUUGGAGCGGCUGUGGGCGGGAUGCUCUUUGCAGUCAUUCCCAUUGUACUGUUUCUCCUGUAUAUUAUCCGUAAUCGUGACAACAAUCCCAGUGAGUGUCGAGUUGUUUCAGCUUGUUUAAAAUAGCCACAAGAUCUGGUUUUAUGCCAGUGUUCUGUGCUUCCUCCCCCAGGACUACAUCGCAUGCUUUUUGGCUCGUAAGUAACAUUGCAUUUUUAGAGAUUUGUGAACAUUUUUGGAAAUAUGUUGAGGAGAAUAU